AUUGUAGACCCGACACAUCCUGAAGACUAGGAGUUGAAUCAUAACCCCUCGAUAAUAGGAAACCACUCUGAAUAUACACCGGUUCUUCUCCACAAACCAACUGCAUUUCUUCGGAACGUCCAGAGAGCUUCCAAUCUAGGACGAGUUUAGCUCAACCGAGUCAGCAUCCUUGCGUUGUUUGCCAAGGAUACACCGGGAUAAAGCCGAAAGGGAGUCUUCUUAUUUCAACAAAUUGAAGCUAUGGUAUUGGACUAAACCUCCGGUAUGAUCACAUCUUGCAAAGACUGGAUCCCAUGACUGAAUGAGUUUGGUCCAGCGUUGCCAAGCAUGGAGCAGAUGGAUUGUAAGCCUUACCAGUCUUUGUCCAAAGCCCGGAAGGAGAUGGAGCAUGCCUACCCCAGCUCCUCGGACGAGAGCGAGGACGGACGCAACCUUUGUAAGUCCUACACGUCUCGAGAGACGCUGCCUGACUACGGACAGGAGAUGAGACUCAACUACAACAGCCACCGAGCCAAAAGGAAAACCAUGGAUGAACCCACAGGAGAGCUGGACUUCUGUGAGUCGGGCCAACUGGCACGACCCAGCUACCAGGCGGAGCUGCGCUCGGCAGCCCAGCUCAGCUACCCGCUGGCGGUCAGCUCUGACGUGGAGACGGAGGGGGAGGGGGGGCCCUCGCCCGACCACGCCCUCAGACUGUGGAUGCAGGAGAUCAAGUCCGAGCACAGCUCCUGUCUGUCCAGCAGGGCCAACUCUGUCCUGUCUCUUACCGACACUGAGCAGGAGAGGAAGUCAGACUGCGCGAACGAUAUCCCCGGCAGCCCCCCGGCCCAGUUCACCUUCAGACCGCUGCCUCCGCCGCCUCCUCCUCCGCACGCGUGCACAUGCGCCCGGCCGGCGCCUCACAUCUCGGAGGCCCUGCAGAGGAACACCCUGCCAGCCCGGAGCCAGCAGGACACAGACCUCCCACAGCCGGCAGACAGGGGCCAGCUCCACAACAGCUGGGCCCUCAACAGCAACAUUCCCCUGGAGACCAGGCAUUUCCUGUUCAAACACGGUUCCGGCUCAUCGGCUCUCUUCAGCGCGGCCAGUCAGAACUACCCCCUGACCUCCAGCACGGUGUACUCCCCGCCCCCCCGCCCCCUCCCCAGGGCCACCUUCUCCAGGCCCAUGUUCACCUUCAACAAGCCCUACAAGUGCUGCAACUGGAAGUGCACGGCCUUGAGCGCCACAGCCAUCACCGUCGCCCUGGCCCUGCUUCUCACAUACGUGAUCGCGGUGCACCUGUUUGGACUCACAUGGCACCUCCAGCCCGUGGACGGUCAGCUGUACGAGAACGGACUGGGCAAGCUGGACCAAGACUCAGAGAGCAUCGACAUCACCUUCACAUCGUUCGACUUACCUGGCCUCAACAGCACCUUCAGAGAUAAGGAUGUGUUCCAGCGAGGCAAGGCCAUAGACAGGGGCGAGGUGGACAUCGGGACCACGGUGGUGCAGACCAUCCCUCCAGGGUUGUUCUGGCGCUUCUACAUCACCAUCCACCACCCGGAGUACGUUAAGUUCAACAUCUCCCUGGCGCGAGACGCCCUGCUGGGGAUAUACGGGCGAAGGAACAUCCCACCCACACACACACAGUUUGACUUCGUCAAGCUGCUGGACGGGAAACAGUUGAUCAAACAGGAAGUCCAGUCUCCCGAGGUCCCCAGCUCCUCCCCCAGACACCUGAUCCUGGCUUCCCUGCAGGAGACGGGCUUUGUGGAGUACAUGGACGCCGGCACCUGGUACCUGGCCUUCUACAACGACGGCAGGAAGAUGGAGCAAGUGUUUGUUCACAGCACCGCUAUUGAAAGUAUGGAUGGCUGCUCCACUAACUGUCAUGGCAACGGGGAGUGUGUGGCGGGGCACUGCCACUGUUUCACCGGCUUUCUAGGCCCUGACUGCUCCAAAGACUCCUGCCCGGUCCUCUGCAGUGGCAACGGAGAUUACGAGAAGGGCUUCUGUCAGUGUCACCCUGGCUGGAAGGGCUCUGAGUGUGACAUCCAGGAAGACCAGUGCAUCGACCCCACCUGCUCCAAUCACGGCACGUGCGUCAACGGAGUCUGCCUGUGUAGUCCCGCCCACAGAGGAAACAACUGUGAGCAAGUGGACUGUGUGGACCCUCAGUGUUCAGGUCAUGGUGUGUGUGUGAGGGGGGAGUGCCUGUGUUCCCUGGGCUGGGGAGGUCCUGACUGCCAGAGCCCCCUCCCAGCCUGCCAGGAGCAGUGCUCUGCCCAUGGCAGCUUCCUCCUGGACGCAGCAACCUGCACCUGCGACCCCGGCUGGACCGGCACAGACUGCUCUACAGAGCUGUGCCCCGUGCCCUGCAGCCCCCACAGUGUGUGUGUGUCUGGGAGGUGUCAGUGCCCGGAGGGCUGGGAGGGUCCAGGCUGUGAGCAGCAGGCGUGUGACCCCCGCUGCCAGGACCACGGCCAGUGCCGGGGCGGCCGGUGUGAGUGCCUCCAGGGCUGGGAGGGAGACAGCUGCAGCAUAGCGCAUUACCUGGACCUGGUUGUUAAAGACGGCUGCCCGGGGCUCUGCAGUGGACACGGGCGCUGCACCCUGGAGCAGAGCGGCUGGCACUGCGUGUGCCAGGCCGGCUGGAGCGGCGUGGGGUGCAGUGUCGUCAUGGAGACGGAGUGCGACGACAACGCCGACAACGACGAAGACGGUCUGACUGACUGUGUGGACCCAGACUGCUGUCUCCAGCCCAGCUGCCAGGCGGGCUCGCUGUGCCAGGGCUCCCCAGACCCCCUGGACCUGGUGCAGACCAGCCUGGCACCCUUCCCCUCACUCCUGUCACGCCCCUUCUACCACCGCAUCCACUUCCUGGUGGGGAAGGGCAGCACCCACGUUUUCCCCGGAGACGUCCCCUUCGACAGCAGCCGAGCCGUGGUCAUUAGGGGUCAGGUGACGGCGCAGGACACCACUCCUCUGGUGGGGGUCAACAUCAGCUUCCAGCACUACCCCGAGUUCGGCUACUCCAUCAGUCGCCAGGACGGCAGUUUCGACCUGGUGGCUGCCGGUGGCAUUUCGGUGUCCCUGGUCUUCCAGCGAGCCCCCUUCCUCACCCAGACACGCACCAUCUGGUUACCGUGGAACCAGUUUGUGGUGGUGGAGAGGGUCACGAUGAGCCGGGCGGAGAGACGCCCGCCUGCGUGCGACCUGAGGAACCUGGUCAGCCCCUACCCCCUGGUCCUGCCCCCCCCCCUAACUCGCUUCUCCAGCGCCUGUGAGGAGAGGGGCCCUGCUGUGCCAGAGCUGCAGGCCGUCCAGGAGGAGAUCGCCAUCCCUGGGAGCUUUGUGAAGCUGAGCUACCUGAGCACCCGCUCCCCAGGGUACAAGUCUCUUCUGAGGAUCAUCCUCACUCACACAGACAUCCCCCAGGGCCUGGCCAAGGUCCACGUGUCCACCUCCAUCGAGGGACGGCUCUUCCAGAAGUGGUUCCUCGCCGCCCCUAACCUGGUGUACGUGCUGGCCUGGAACAAGACGGAUGUGUAUGGGCAGAAGGUUCUGGGCUUGGCCCGGGCACAGGUGUCUGUGGGCUACGAGUACGAGUCGUGUCCGGACAUGGUGGUGUGGGAACGGAGGGUGGCUCAGCUGCAGGGCUUCGAGAUGAUCGCCUCCAGUCUGGGAGGCUGGUCCCUGGACAAGCACCACAUCCUGAACCUCCACAGCGGAAUCUUACACAAAGGAACCGGGGAGAACGUGUUCAUCUCUGAGCAGCCUCCAGUCAUCCACACGGUGAUGGGUUUGGGGACAGCGAGAGGCAUCCCCUGCCCCAGCUGCAACGGCCCCGCCCAGGGCAGCAAGCUCUACGCCCCCAUUGCCCUCGCCUGCGGCUCCGACGGCAGUGUCUACGUGGGAGACUUCAACUUCAUCCGGAGGAUUCUUCCCAACGGUUUCGCCAUCAGCAUCCUGGAACUGCGGAAUCGAGAUGUCAGACACAGUACCAGCCCAGCACAUAAGUACUACCUGGCCUUGGACCCAGUGAAGGAGACCCUGUACCUGUCCGACACCAGCAGCCGGAGGGUGUAUCGCCUCCGCUCGCUCACGGAGCCCAAGGACCUGGCCAGGAACGUGGAGGUGGUGGCAGGGACGGGGGACCAGUGUACCCCCUUCGACCAGGGCCACUGCGGGGACCGGGGCAAGGCCACCGACGCCUCCCUCAACAGCCCCAGAGGAAUCGCGGUGGAUAAAGAAGGACUUGUGUACUUCGUGGAUGGAACCAUGAUUCGCAAGAUAAACGGGGAAGGAGUAAUCUCAACCGUGAUUGGUUCGAAUGGUCUGACGUCCACGCAGCCUUUAAGCUGCGAUUCCCGCAUGGAUAUCUCCCAGGUGCGUCUGGAGUGGCCGACGUCUCUGGCCAUCAGCCCCAUGGACAACUCCCUGUACGUCCUGGACAACAACAUCGUCAUCCAGGUGUCGGAGAGCGCCCAGGUUCGUAUCGUGGCUGGCCGGCCCAUCCACUGUCAGGUACCGGGCAUCGAUCACUUCCUGGUGAGCAGGGCAGCAAUCCACUCCACCCUGGAGGCGGCCAAGGCCAUCGCCGUGUCCCACGAGGGCAUGCUGUACGUGGCCGAGACGGACGAGAGGAAGAUCAACCGCGUGCAGCAGGUCACAACCAACGGGGAGAUCUCCGUGGUGGCAGGCGGGCCCAGCGACUGCGACUGCAAGAUCGACCCCAGCUGUGACUGCUUCUCCGGAGACGGAGGCUACGCCCGCGACGCCAAGCUGAAGGCUCCGUCCUCGCUGGCCGUCUCCCCCAACGGGACGCUCUACAUCUCCGACCUGGGCAACAUCCGCAUCCGCGCCCUUUCCCCCAACCGCCCGCGUCUCGGCCCCCCCGGUGUGUACCAGGUCACGUCCGUGGUCGACCAGGAGCUCUACCUCUUCAGCGCCAACGGCACGCACCUGCACACGCUCAGUCUGGUCACCAGCGACUACCUCUACAACUUCACCUACACCGGGGACGGUCAGCUGACCUCCGUUGUCGCCGGCGACGGCAGCACCGUGCAUGUGCGGCGCGACGCCCACGCCAUGCCCCUGUGGCUGCUGGUCCCGGGUGGCCAGGUGUACUGGCUCACCGUCAGCAACGCCGGCCUCCUCAAGAAGGUCUCGGCCCUAGCCCACGACCUGGCGCAGAUCAGCUACCAUGGCAACUCGGGUCUCCUGGCAACCAUGAGCAACGAGAACGCAUGGACGACGGUGUAUGAGUACAACUUGGACGGUCACCUCAUCAAUGUCACCUUGCCAACGGGUGAGGUCAGCAGCUUUCAGGGGAGCAUGGAGAGGUCGGUGAGGGUGGAGGCAGACACGUCCAACCAGGAGAGGUUCAUCACCGCCACCAACUUCUCUGCCUCUAGCACUAUCUACACGCUACGCCAAGGUAGCAAACAUGCCCAGAACACCUACCGGGUGAGCUCGGACGGGUCCCUGUGGGUGACCUUCGCCAGCGGCAUGGAGGUGACGCUGAGCACCGAGCCGCACAUCUCGUCUGGCGUGGUCAGCCCCACGGUGGGGAAGUGCAACAUCUCGCUGCCGGGCGAGCACAGCCACAGCCUCAUCGAGUGGAGGCAGAGGAGGGACACGGCUCGGGCCAACUACACGGCCUACGAGCGCCGGCUGAGGGCCCACAACAGGAACGUGCUCUCCAUAGACUUCAACCAGGUCACGCGGGUGGGGAAGAUCUACGACGACCACAGGAAGUUCACCCUGAGGAUCCUGUACGACAGGAUGGGCCGUCCUGUGGUCUGGUCCCCCAGCAGCAAGUACAACGAGGUGAACGUGUCCUACUCCUCCGAGGGGCUGGUCACUAGCAUCCAGAGGGGGAACUGGUCGGAGAAGCUGGAGUACGAGAAUGGACGGGUGGUGUCCAGGACCUGGACUAACGGCAAGAUCUGGACCUACACGUUCCUGGAGAAGUCCGUCAUGCUACAGCUGCACAGCCAGCGCAGGUACACCUUUGAGUACGACCACACAGACUACCUGAUGUCAGUGACCAUGCCCAGCAUGGUGCGCCACAGCCUGCAGACCACGCUGUCUGUGGGCUACUACAGGAACACCUACACCCCCCCGGACAGCCGCUCAGCCUCCGUGCUGCAGGACUACAGCCAUGAUGGCCGCCUCGCCCAGACCCUCCACCUGGGCACCGGCCGGCGUGUUCUGUACCGCUACAACCGGCAGGCUCGGCUGGCGGAGAUCCUGUACGAUACCACCCUGGUGACCUUCACCUACGAGGAGACCUCCGGUGGGGUGAAGACCAUCCACCUCACCAACCAGGGCUUCACCUGCACCAUCCGCUACAGACAGACAGGUCCUUUGGUGGGGAGGCAGAUCUACAGGUUUAACGUGGAGGGUCUUGUGAACGCCAGGUUUGACUACAGCUACAACAACUUCCGGGUCACCAGCAUGCAGGCCAUGAUCAACGAAACCCCUCUCCCCAUCGACCUGUACCGCUAUGUGGACGUAUCUGGGAGGAUCGAGCAGUUCGGCAAGUUCAGCGUCAUCAACUACGACCUCAAUCAGGUCAUCACCACGCACAUCAUGAAGCACACCAAGAUAUUUAACGCCAACGGGCAGGUGAUCGAGGUGCAGUACGAGAUCAUGAAGGCCAUCGCCUACUGGAUGACCCUGCAGUACGACAGCUCAGGACGCAUCACCGUUUGUGACAUCAGGAUCGGCGUGGACAACAACAUCACGCGCUACUCCUACGAGUAUGACGCCGACAGCCAGCUGCAGGCCGUGGCGGUGAACGACCGCGCCCAGUGGCGCUACAGCUACGACCUGAACGGCAACAUCAACUUGCUGAGUCACGGCAACAGCGCCCGACUGACUCCGCUGCGCUACGACCUCCGAGAUCGCAUCACGAGGCUGGGAGAGAUCAUGUACAAGAUGGACGAGGACGGCUUCCUCCGCCAGCGAGGGAACGUGGCGUUUGACUACAACUCCAACGGGCUCCUGGUCAAGGCCUUCGACAAGGUGUCUGAGAGGACAGUUUACUACCGCUACGACGGGUUGGGAAGGAGAGUAGCCAGCAGAAGCAGCAACGGCCAGCAGCUCCAGUUCUUCUACGCCGACCUGACCCAGCCCACCAGGGUGACCCACAUGUACAACCACUCCAGUGCCGGCAUCUCCUCCCUCUACUACGACCUGCAGGGACACCUCAUCGCCAUGGAGCUGAGCAGCGGCGAGGAGUUCUACGUGGCGUGCGACAACUCGGGCACGCCGCUGGCCGUGUUCAGCAGCAGGGGACACAUCGUCAAGGAGAUGCGCUACACCCCGUACGGGGACGUCUACCUGGACUCCAACCCGUCCUUCCAGCUGGUGGUGGGCUUCCAGGGGGGGCUGUACGACCCCCUGACCCGCCUGGUGCACCUGGGGAGGAGGGAUUACGAUGUGGUGGCGGGGAGGUGGACCACCCCCAACCACAACCUGUGGAGCGAGCUGAGCUCCCGCCCUAAACCUUUCAACCUGUACUCCUUCAAGAACAACUACCCCGUGGGAGAGCUACAGGACGUCAGGAAGUUCACCACAGAUAUCAGCAGCUGGCUGCAGCUGUUUGGGUUCCAGCUGCACAACGUGGUUCCUGGGUACCCCAAGCCGGAUGUGGAGAGCAUGGAGCAGACUUACGAGAUGAUGAAGACCCAGACCAAGACUCAGGACUGGGACCCCAGCAAGGUUCACCUGGGGGUUCAGUGUGAACUCCAGAAGCACCUGAGGAACUUCAUCUCCCUGGACCGGCUCCCGAUGGGCCGGGUGAGCAGGGGCCCGGGGCCGGGGCCCGGCCGGAGGCCUCGCUUCUCCGCCAUCUCGUCCAUCUUUGGAAAGGGCGUGAAGUUCGCCAUCCGGGACGACGUUGUCACCACGGAGAUCAUCGGCGUGGCAAGCGAGGACAGCCGGCGACUGGCGGCCGUGCUCCACCGGUCGGUAUACCUGUCGGGGCUGCACUUCACCGUGGACGGCCGGGACACGCACUACUUUGUGAAGCCGGGACUCCUGGAGGAGGACCUGGGGGUGGUGGGUCACGGAGGGGCGGGCCGCGUGCUGGAGAACGGCGUGAACCUCACCGUGUCGCAGAUGACCACGGUGGUGGGCGGGAGGACGCGGCGCUUCGCAGACAUCCAGAUGCUCCACGGGGCGCUCUGCUUCAGCAUCCGCUAUGGGGCCACGGAGCAGGAGGAGAGGGCUCACGUGCUGGAGGGCGCGAGGCAGAGGGCGGUGGAGCACGCCUGGGCCAGCGAGCGCCGGAGGGUGGAGGAGGGAGAGGCAGGCUCCAGGCCCUGGACGGAGGAGGAGAGGCAGCAGCUGAUCUCCUCAGGGCAGGUGCCCGGCUACGACGGAUACUUGGUCCUGCCGGUGGAGCAGUAUCCGGAGCUGUCUGACAGUGCCAACAACAUUCACUUCAUGAGGCAGAGUGAGACAGGGAGGAGGUGACAGUGACACUGUUCUCCCUCCCUCACCAAAGACAGUCUGUUUUUAGACACGCGAUGAUUUGUUGUACCGUUUUUCUAGGAUGAUGACAAAGAAUAUCAAAAAAGACAACUGCCUUUAAAUGUGACAAAUGAUGGUAAUUCGUUUCACGUGUUCCAAUAUUACGUUUCUUUAAAAAAAGAAAAAGGAAAAAAAAGAGAGUCGAUUAUUUGAACUCUAAACUGUUUUUUGUUGGAGUGACGUAGCUAGCCUAUGUAAUUUGAUCUACUUUGUAAAUUGUUAAAUAUGCUAGACUGAAGACGGCAGACCUUAUCAAUUUCAUUACCAUACAGUUCAUCUGAACACAUACUAUACGUACAACAUAGUAAAUUGUUAGCUUGAUUUAUACAGUACAUAUCUCUUUCCAAUCUUGACAAAUGGUUGUGAAUGAAAGCUGUUGUCUUCUUCUAUGACUAAAGAAAUUGACAGUGCCGGUUUAGACACAAGAUAUUGUACAUAGCAAGUGCUUUAGCGAAAACAAGUGCUCAACUUGAUAAUGUGAUGUUACAGAUUAUUACGUAAUUGUCAAUCCUGUCAAUAGAAUUGAACAGUGGAGUUACGAGUUACGCCGUGCAACAGGAAAAAGCUCUCAUGCUGAAACCUGUACAGUAAUAGUUUACUUUUUUACUAAUUGCUUAAUGUAAUUAGUGUAUUAUUAUCUGGGUGUAUUAUGGAUGGAGCUUGUGCCUUUCUGCUUCUCACCGUCCUUAUAAACCAUUGUUUUUACGAGUUGCGUAUACUAGACGAGUCCUCAAGAAGGGAAAGUAGGGGCAGACGUCCUAGAAAAAGUGCUUAUCCAUGGUGUCAACACUGCAAAUACCUCAUCAUGUUGUGAUUCACAAGUGUUACGUUUGUCGAACCUUCCGUCUCCUAUAACGAGCCGAUGACUCGCCGGUGCAGAGAGCGGUCCCGCUAACAGAAGAAUGAGAUGGUCCGAUAGUAGAAGUCACAGUGGGGGGAAGGGAACUAGGGGAACAGCUCUGUAAUUGCUGCUUCCUCUGGGCUAUCCACACAUGAGCUACAGGACAGUGGAUAGCAGGUACUUGAACAGGAGAUAGUGAACUUGUGGAAAAUACACAAUAUUUACACAAGCCGCUCUGUGGACGUAAGAAGAAAAAAAAACUUUAACAUAUCAAAUAAGAUAUUGAUAUCAUAAAGGGAGUGUGAUUAGACACAAAUAUGGUGAAAUUAUCUUAACGUAUCAUGUUUAAAAACAUUGUUUACGCUGGCUUAGUGUGGUGGCAAUGAACAUAUUUCAUUCUGUGUCGUUUUGGAAACACGUGUAUAGUUAUGGCUGAGGUGGGCUGAUGUUUGGAACUUUGAAACAGAUUGUUGAAGGGAGUAGCGGUAGCCGCUUCGAGUUCAAAAAAUAUUUUUUACUUUGCAUCCAGUCCACCUGGAUAAUUCACCCUCUUCAGGUUUAUCCUGUUGUCCUGGUGUGAAUGUCCUGGUGUGUUGAGAAUUCACCAAGAGAUCGUCCACACGAUGGCACCCAGCCAAAACUAAAAUAGUACUUUUAUUUGUAUUUAUUUUUUCCCAGAACGCAACACAGAUGUGUGGGAAACAUCAAGUUUGUUUUGAUCCAAACCCCUCUCACUCCCUUCCACCCAUCGCCAUCACGUGGGAAGCUUUUAGUUGGUAUCUUGGAUAACUGUGUUUGUAAGAUGUUUGUGCUGGCAUUAUUUUCCAGACCUCUCAUAUAUAAAUGAUAAAUUUAGCACUGUGGAAUAGGUCGAACCAAAAGCAUGGGGUGAUUCUGCAGCGGGAGUCUGAACCAUCUGUAUUCUAAUAAUCACUUGAAUACAGCUAGAGUCAUCAGAAGUGUCAUUCUGUACAAUCUUAUCAUUGUUUACUUAAACUCUCAUUUGGUUGUAUUGCAAAAUGAAUAAAAUAAAACAUAGGCUAUAUGGUAUAUAACAUAUUUUGGGUAAACUAAUUAUUACAAAUAUAUUAUCCCUUCAAAGGAAACCAGUCACUCUGAUUCUGUUGAUACAGUCAUAGUUUGAUAGCAAGCAGUGGAAGACAUCCAUGGUGUGAUUGCCACAAUCUGUGUAGACUGGUGAUAUGAAACACCAACAGCACGAUCUGUGUAGACUGGUGAUACGAAACACCAACACUACUAUCUGUGUACACUGGUGAUACGAAACACCAACAACACUUGAUCGUAUUUUCUACUCUCGACU